UUCUUCCUCCCCCAUUUUGCAUCCUCUACUCUCAAAGACCCAAAUUCUACCAGGUCCGUACAUCUUCUUUCGCUUUUAAACCCUUUUCCUAUUUAGGGUUUUCAUAAAGUUCCUACCUUUAUUGUGUAUCUUCAAAAUUGCUCAAUUCACUUCCCUCUUCACUUGAUGAACAAAGACUGGCUUUCUUAAUUAUCAAGGGUCAAUCUGAAUUUGAUGGCUGUGAUAUUUUGGGGGCUGGUGCAGUUUUGGAAGAUUUAUCUGCUAUUUCCCGUUUGAGUUUGGUCUUUUUUAUUCUCAGAGUUGUCCGAAAUUAAAUGACGCUUAUUUCUCAGUUUUAUUGGCCAUAGCACUUGCUGUCGGGUUGUGAAAUCUGGAUUUUUGAUGGAAUGCAAUAAAGAAGAGGCCUUAAGGGCCAAGGUCAUCGCUGAAAAGAAGAUGGAAAGCAAGGAUUUCACAGGGGCACGUAAAAUUGCCCUUAAGGCUCAGCAACUAUAUCCUGAUCUGGAGAAUAUCGCUCAAAUGCUUGUUGUUUGUGAUGUGCAUUGCUCUGCUGAGCAGAAAUUUUCUGGUGCUGCGAGGGACUGGUAUAAAAUACUUCAGGUUGAGGUGACAGCUGAUGAUGCAACAAUUAAGAAGCAAUACAGGAAAUUUGCUCUCCAGCUUCAUCCUGACAAAAACAAGUUUGCUGGUGCAGAAGCUGCAUUUAAGCUGAUUGGGGAAGCUCAAACAGUGCUUUUGGAUAGAGAAAAACGAACUGUGUUCGACAGGAAUGUGCACAGGUUUCCAAUGUAUAGAAAUGCUAUGCCAUCUCAUCAUCAGCAGCAGGGUCAGAGAAAUUUUAAUCCUGUAAUGCAAACGAGUGUCAGGCCGGUUUUCACAAACUUGAAUCCUCCGCAGCAACAACCGUCCAGGCCCCCAUCUCAGCCAGGGCCAGGGGUUAAUGGUGGCCGAUCUACUUUUUGGACUGUUUGCUCCUUUUGUUCCCAUAGAUAUGAGUAUUACAAGGAAGUCUUAAAUAGAUCUCUUCGCUGUCAACAUUGCAAUAAGCCCUUCAUUGCAUAUGAGGUGAAUAUCCAAAGUACAACUCCAACAACUAAUUCAAGUCAGCAAGCUUUUGGCCAGCAGAACUAUGGUCAGAAUCAGGGUGCGUUUAAGGCUGGUGUUGGAUCUCCAGUUAAUUUGCAUGCUCAACGAUCCAAUGCGGAAUAUUAUCAGAAAAAAGCCACUACUUCUAAUGCCUCUGUAAAGCCAAAUGGAAAGAGAAGGAGGAAGCAGGCAGCAGAAUCCAGUGAAGAUUCUAUAGGCAGCACUGACUCUGAUGAUGAAGAUGAUAUACUUAAUGGCAAUGAUGGUUUUCCUGAUACUUCUUCUUAUCGAGAAGAGCAACGACGUAGAUCUACCCGGCAAAAACAUCAGGUUUCCUACAAGGAGAAUAGGAGUGAUGACGACGAUGAGGAGUCCUUUCACGCUUCAAAACGGGGUAAGGGGAGUGCAUCACCAUGUGCUAGUGGUGAAACUAGUGGGGAGGCAGCUAAAUUGAACAAUCAAAAUGGCUUGGCUGCUGAUCUGAAAGAUGAUCAGAAAGGAGUAAAGCAGAAGCAAAAUAAUUAUGCUGAGGAUAACUUAGAAAAUACAAAUGUGGAGACCAAAGGGAGAGGAAAAGAUGCACCGGGCAGCUCAAAGAUAGAUGUAGCUUCUGAACGUUUAACCUCAAAAUCCACAAACGGUCCAGAUGUUUUUGUUUACCCUGAUCCAGAGUUCAGUGACUUUGACAAGGACAAGAAAGAGGAGUGUUUUGCUGCUGGGCAGAUCUGGGCCAUUUAUGAUGAUAUAGAUGGCAUGCCUAGAUUCUAUGCUACAAUCCGUAAAGUUUUCCCCCCUGGAUUUAAGCUGGAGAUAACAUGGUUUGAGCCAGAUCCGGAUGAUGAUGAUGAAGUCAAAUGGUCAACUGAGCAACUGCCAAUUUCUUGUGGGAAAUAUAAACUUGGUAGCACUGAAACUACUGAAGAUCAUCUGAUGUUCUCCCAUCUAGUCUUAUGCCAAAAGAUCGGGCGCUCUAUUUUUAAAGUGUAUCCGAGAAAGGGAGAAACCUGGGCUCUUUUUAAAAAUUGGGAUAUCAAAUGGUACAUGGAUGUGGAGUCUCAUCGACAGUAUGAUAUGGAGAUUGUUGAGAUCUUGUCAGAUUAUAUUGAAGGUGUGGGAGUAGUUGUUUCAUACUUGGCUAAGUUGAAAGGUUUCGUGAGUCUCUUCUGUCCAACUAUGAAGGGGGCUAAUCACACAUUUCAAAUUCCAUCAGUUGAUUUAUUCAGAUUCUCUCACAGGAUUCCAUCUUUUAAAAUGACUGGUCAGGAAAGAGCAGGUGUCCCUGUAGGAUCUUAUGAACUUGAUCCUGUAUCUUUGCCGACGAACCUGGAGGAGAUUGAUGUUCCUAAAGAUUUUGAAGUGAAGGUUGGCCAUACUCCAUCUGUUGGGAGGAGCACAAGAUCUUCAAAUAUGAUGAAGGGAGAUGCAUCCACUGACAAGGUUAAACUGGAUAAAAGCGAUUCAGCAGAGGUGACAAAGGAUCAUGUUUUUCGUACUAAUGAUGGCAGUCCAUCUGUUGGGAGGAGCACAAGAUCUUCAAAUAUGAUGAAGGGAGACACAUCCACUGACAAGGUUAAACUGGACAGAAGAGAUUCAGCAGAGGUGAGAAAGGAUCCUGUUUUUCGUAUUAAUGAUGGUAGUCCAUCUGUUGGGAUGAACUCAAGAUCAUCAAAUAUGUCGAAGGGAGACACAUCCACUGGCAAGGUUAAACUGGACAGAAGCGAUUCAGCAGAGGUGACCGAGGAUCCGGUUUUUCGUAUUAAUGCUGGUAGUGGACCUUUGGCUUCAGUCCCGGUCCCAGGAACUAUUGAAAUUCCAGAUCCUGUGUUCUUUAAUUUUGAUAAGGAAAGGUCCCUUGGAAGGUUUCGGAUUGGUCAGAUUUGGGCAUUUUAUAGCGAUGAGGAUGGCCUGCCAAAAUACUAUGGUCUGAUUAAAAAGUUAAGGACUGGCCCGGAUCUAGAGUUGCAAGUUACUUUUCUUACUAACUGCUGGCUGCCAGAGAAAGCUAUUAGAUGGGAAGAUAAUAAGAUGCUCAUUUCCUGUGGAAGAUUCAAAAUCAAAGCUGGUGCUCGUCCCUGUCUGUAUUCUGACCUUAAUUCUGUUUCACAUCUGGUGCUUGCUAGUACUGAAGGUACCAAUAAGGAAUAUGAAAUUUUUCCAAAGAGAGGUGAAAUUUGGGCACUGUAUAGGAAAUGGACAGCUAAAAUAAAACCUUCUGACUUGCAAACGUGGGAGUAUGACAUAGUGCAAAUUCUUGACGUUAAUGAUUUACGGAUAGCUGUUGUACAUUUGGAGUUGGUAAAAGGUUUCCCUUCAGUUUUUAAAGUCCAGAAAAAUGGAGGAUCAGCUGUGACCAUGAAGAUCCCCAAGGCAGAGUUGCUGAGGUUCUCCCACCAAAUCCCCGCAAUCAAACUGACAGAAAAACAUGGCUCUGUGAAAGGUUGCUGUGAGCUUGAUCCAGGAGCACUACCAAUGCAUUAUUUUAGCCAAAAGUGAAAUGUGGAUUGAGCAACAAGUGAAGAAAGAAGCCUUGAGUUACUCCUGAAUAUGAACUUCCAGUGUAUGAAAAUAUCACUGUUUAGCAACAUUUGCUACCCUGAUAGCAUUUUUGAACUCUAUCUUUUUUCUAAUUUAGAUUAAAACAUGUUUCUGUACAAUGCUGCAGUUCUUGUACAAUUGCAGUUGAUAUUUUAGCACCUGGGUCCUCCAAAGGUAUUGGUGCAUCUAUCUCUUGAAGCAAUGAGGUUAUGCUAGUUCUCUGUUGCA